AUGGCCAGUUCAUCAAGAUCAUCCAAAUCCUCUCGAUCAUCCAGGUCAUCAUCCACUUCUUCCAAAUCAUCCAAGUCCUCCGGAUCUUCUACCUCUAGGUCUACAAACCCUUCUAAAUCCUCCAGUCAACUCCUUGGCCCCAUCGUGUCAUCGUCAUCGCCAUCGUCGCCUUCUUCAUCUUCCUCAGCGCGACAUGCGCCCAGAUCCCCCAAGCAUGACAAGGCCCUCGCGUCUCCCCUCUCGACCGAUCCCUCUGCCAAGGGGGGAGAUUACAUGAGUGAUUCGGAUGUCGAAUCCCUAUGGCAAGAACUUAGGGAGAAAGAUAACAAGGGGAGCAUGAUUGUUGCCGUUGUGAGACCCGAUCAAGCGAAGGAGGUGAAGAGGGUUGUCAAAGAAAAGAAUCGAAAGGCCAAGGACGAAGAUAAGCUCAGUUCCAAAGUCGUCAUAACCACGCCGGCCAACCUUCAGCAAAUCAUCGAGGAGAAGCUCAGCGGCGUGUUCCACACGCUCCAGCUAUUGGUUGCCUCCGGGGUGGAUUCCAUCACCUACUACAUCCCCGAUGUUGUGAAGAAGGUCUACGUUAGUUGCAGCUCUCAGCGUGCUGACAAUUUGCGUAUCGGCGCUUCGUCGACCUACUGCGGCGUGAGGACGAAUAGCUGGGACCUCCUAGGUCAACAGUUUCGCAAAGCCAAUUACAAGAUCACUCACGAAGAUGGGUGCUAUUUUGACCUUCCAGAAGAAUAUGCCGGUAGCUUAUGCAGUCGGUCAACAACCAUAGGAUCCGACAUGUCCGAUCAGGAGCUAACCGAGCUGCGCGAGAAGAUCGCCGACUUCCACGACGCCGUUGCAGCCGGGCCAUCAGACGUAAAGCCAGAGGCGAGUCCAUCGCCAGUGAGUCAAGGCCAGCCGCAGCCUCCUCCACGUGCUAAUGAGACAGAAACGGACUGGUUUAACAGGUGGAAGUCGCUCCUCGCCGUCAUCAUAGGUGCGGGGGCCGGGGGUGCUGCUGCCGGGGGUGUAUUUUGGUGUAGCGCUAAGGGUAUUUUCAUCUCGAGCUCAAAGUUCACCCUUAUGGCUGGCUCCUUUAAGGCCGGGGCUGCUGGGGCUGCUGGGGCUGCUUGCACCGCCGGACUCGCGACUGGCAUCGCGGCCGCAGCCAUCGUGUAUCUCAUUCCGUGGGACAAGGUCUUCAGCUACGUACAGAAGAAGCUGCGGGCCAUCUGGGAGUACGCCCGCGAUGCGCUUACCUGGGUUUGGGACAAGAUCAAGCAAAUGGCUGGCUAUGUGGUCUCUAUUGUCACUGCUCCGUUUACGUCUUGA